AUGUACAUCACUCUCUACUUCAUAGUCUCCCGCCUCCCUGACUCUCUUCGCGUAGUGAGGGACCACAGUCUCGCACUUGACCCCACAGACCUUCUUGUUGACCUGCUCGAGCAGCACCUCCUUGCAGCUGAGACUAGUGUAGUCGCUGUAGGUGCUGCUCAUAGCACUCCUUGCACGCCCUUCUUUGAGUGGUGUUCCCCCUCCCCCCUUGCCCCCUCCUACGCCCCUGCUGCUGCUGUUGACGUCCUUGGUGCUGAGGAUGUCGGGGCUGCUUCUGCUAGUGGGAAGUGCCGCAGCAGCAAGAGCAAGGGUGGCGAGAGUAGUGGAGGUGGCAGUGGGGGUGGUAGUGGGGGCGAUAGUGAAGGUGGUGGAGGUGGUGGAGGUGGUGGCAGCGGUGGGAGUGGUGGCAGGAGUGGGGUCUUUGGUGGCGGCGGUGGAAGCAGCGGUGGGAGUGGCGGUAGUGGAGGCACUGGGAGUAGUGGCAGUCGGGGUGGAGCUCUUCAGAGGGGAGGUUCUGGUGGUGGCCAGCGGCAGCAGCAGCAGUGUCGGAGCGAGAACCCUUUGCCCCAGCAGCUUCGUGAGUGGUUUUCUCAGCAUGGGGCGUCUGGGGGUAGUGUUAGCUGCCCGUAUGUCAUUCGCAUGGGUGACCGUGCUGGUCAAACAUGCGGGAAGCCUCACACUCAGCACCGCUGCUUCUCCCGCCUAGACGACGCUUGGCGCGCAGAGUUUGGUGACGAGGCCGAGCGCCCCUGCUGGGCAGAGCUGCUUAGGUCGGGAGUUGCUAUCUUUGAUCUUGACUAUGAUGCUAUCCUUGCUGCUAUGUAUGCCUUGUCUGUUAGUGCUGAGGGUGAUUGUUACCUGUGUGUGCUACCUGACCCAGGUAUAGAGGCUGCUGCUCUAGGUGCUAGUGAGUCUGCUCUCCCUCGUACUGCGCUUGCUGAGGCCUUGCACACCUUUCCGCUUGACUCAGCGUGUGUCGAUCUGCACGUGUACAUGGACGGGCCGUCUCCUGGCCAUGUUCACCCGUCGGCCUGGGUCGAGUCUGUACACCCUGCUACCGAGCCUCCUCAGGUAGCUGCGUCUGCUCAGGUGUCCGCGUGA